AUGGGGGACGUUCAAAGCGAAACGCUCAGCAAACUGCAGGAGUUGCUCGGUUCCGAGGAUGGGGCGAGAUCACCCUCCAAAAAGGAACUCUUAGAGAUGCUAGAACAGUCUGACAUGGACGAAGAGUUGAAGGGCAACUUGAGGAGCAUGCUCUCCGGGAACGCUCCUCAGCUGUUCGGCAGCAGCGGCGGCGGCACGUGGUUGGCGAUACUGUUUGUGGUGCUCAUCGUGGCCGUACUUCGUAAGUUCGAAUGCGUGACGUCACUUAAUGCGAGCUGUGACGAUAUAGCGUGGGCGUUGGGCCAAGAAUUGUUUGAUGUCUUCAUCUCCGCGAUCGACGUAUUGUCGGCUCAG